AUGUAUCCGUCCAGCGUAAACUGUGUUGUCGUCAAACAAGUUGUCAACAUCGUCAAAUCUACCACCACAGACAUCACGACCAUUGCCGCACCCACGUCCGCGGUCAAACAGACAACUACUGUGGUCUCCACACAGACUGUCCCCCAGACACCAGCCAGUGCCACGCUGACUGAGACCGUCUCUACAACUGUUGUUGCAACGAACACCGUUUCUACCACUACAACUGGAACCGAGACCGUCUCCACAAUUGUCGCGGCACCAAGUCCCUCGGCCUACUUUCCGCAGUGUCAGGACAACAACAUCAAGUCGCGCGCUGGCACCAAGUCGUUCGUGUCCUUCUAUGCCUUUGGCGCCAUUACGACUGUCACUGCGACUUCUGCCCAGGUGUGUUGUCAGAACUGUGCUCUGAGCUCAGCCUGCUCGUCUUUCGCCUUCUUUUCUGUCGGCAGCUGUCACCUGAUCACUGCCGGUGCGGAUUGUAGCGCAAACCCGCCACCGUUUGUUGUGAGCUCCCAGGCUAUCGAUACUGGUGCAGAUGGAUACGUUAUUAGUAAUGGUAACUGCGGGCAGUUCCGUGUUACCGGUACAUUGUAA